CCCAGUGUCGGCUACGCAAUCACCGCAGUCGCUUCAGCAGCUGGAACCGAAGUCGCCGUCGCCGGGGUCGCUGGCCGCUUGCGCGUGGCUCAGCCGGGCCCGUAGCUAUGGAGGACUUCAUCGUGAUCUCCGACGACAGCGGCUCCGAGAGCUCGUCCGGGACCCGCUCGGGCAGGGCGCGGAGGUUGCGUCGGGCCCUGUCCCGGACCCCCGGCGCGCUGCCCCGCCGAACUGUGGACUUCAUUGACCUAACUAGAGAGACCAGAACAAGGGCAAAAGACCGUAAUGGACUUUGUGUGAUUGAUCUGACAAGAAGUGAGGAAGAAAAUAGACCUAUUGCCACUUUUGAUUUGACUUUGGAACCUGUAGCUUCCUCUCAGAAGGAGCCACCCUGUCUUCAGACAAGUGUCAGUCUUUCAGGCAAAGAGGUAACAGAAGCCCAUAGAGACAGAGACUCUCAGCCUGUGACACAGAGAAUCGUCCACAAUGAUCCUGUAGAUCUGGAUUUGUUGGAAGAAAACAUAUUUGAAGGUUCUCGACCCCCUACAUCUAUUAGCCAGGACUCUGUUUAUCCACCAGAGCCAAACUGUAGUUCGAUCACGUACAAAGGUGACCUCAGCUUCUUGACAAGCCUACAGCUCUCUUCAGAUGUUAGUUCCUUCUCCUCAACAAGCAAUAACAGUAGCAGCAGCAAUCAGAGGGCCUCUUUGCCAUGCCCACAACAGGAUGUGCCUUGCCAACCACAAGGCUUGCUAUGCCCACUGCAAGCCUUAGCAUGCCCACUAAGAGCUUCACCCUGUCCAACACGAGCUUCCUCAUGUCCACCACAAGCCUUGUCGGGUCCACCACAAGCUUUGUCAUGUCCAUCACAAGCCUUGUCAUGCCCAUCACAAACUGUGCAGUGCCAACUCCAAGCUUUGCCUCAUCCACCUCAAGAAGUGCCAUGCCCUCAGCAGAGUAUGCCAAGCACACAUCAGAAUUUAUCAUGGCAUCCUCAACACCCACUUUACCCACCCCAAGACACUCUGGGCCUACCUCAAGAUGUUCCAGGCCGACCUCAAAACCUGUCAUAUCCACACAGUGUGACACAACUACAAGACAUGCCAUGGUCACUUCAGGAUGUGCCACUGUCACUACAAGUUGUGCUGCGGUCACUGCAAGAUUUGCCACCACUGCUGGAAGAUGUGCCACAGUCACCAAAAGUGGGGCAGUUACCAAGAUAUGUGAAACAGUCAUCAGGAGAUGUGAUGCAGUUACCAGGAGGUUUGAUACGGUCAUCAGGUGUAACACAGCCAUCAGGAAGUGUGAUGCAGUCACUAAGAGGUAUAACACAGUCAUCAGGAGGUGUGAUGCAGUCACCAGGAGGUAUGACACAGUCAUCAGGUGUAACACAGUCAUCAGGAGGUGUGAUGCAGUCGCCAGGAGGUGUGACACAGUCAUUAGGUGUAACACAGUCAUCAGGAGGUGUGAUGCAGUCACCAGGAGGUGUGACACAGUCAUCAGGUGUAACACAGUCAUCAGGAGGUGUGAUGCAGUCACCAAGAGGUAUAACACAAUCAUCAGGAGGUGUAACACAGUCACCAGGAGGUGUGAUGCAGUCACCAGGAGUUGUGAUGCAGUCAUCAAGAGGUAUGACACAGUUGUCAGGUGUAACACAGUCGUCAGGAGGUAUGAUGCAAUCACCAGGAGGUGUGGUGCAGUCAUCAGUAGAUAUGAUGCAGUCCCCAGGUGUGUCACAGUCAUCAGGAGGUGUGAUGCAGUCCCCAGGUGUGCCACAGUCACCAGAUGUGAUGCGGUCCCCAGAAGGUGUGCCACAGCCACCAGAUGUGAUGCGGUCCCCAGAAGGUGUGCCACAGUCACCAGAUGUGAUGCGGUCCCCGGAGGGUGUGCUACCAUCAGUUGUAGAUACACCACACUUACCAGGAGAUGUGUCACACUCACCACAAGGGUUACUGGACUUAGCAAGAGACAAGCCAAAAUCUUCCCCAGAUGAUGUGCAGAAUCGUGACACUCCUAUGGAUAUUUCAGCUCCGUCCUCUCCAAGUGGCUCUGCCAGUCCACUGUCUCCGCAGUCUGGGCUCCCUUUCACAGACAACUUAGCCAGAAAAGAGAAAUCAUUGCCACAGUUUGCCAACCCUGGGUCUGCCCAGAUACAAGGACAAAUACCGCAAGUUGGGGUAUACAAUAAACCUUGCCUGCAUAGACUGAAAUACUUUUUACGACCUCCAGUACAUCAUCUCUUCUUCCAGACAUUAAUACCAGAUAAAGACACACGGGAGAGCAAGGGUCAGAAAUUAGAACCCAUCCCUCAUCGAAGACUAAGAAUGGUGGCAAACACUAUUGAAGAAAACUUUCCUUUGGGGACUGUGCAGUUUUUAAUGGACUUUGUUUCACCCCAGCAUUACCCACCCAGAGAAAUUGUGGCUCACAUCAUCCAGAAAAUCCUGCUCAGUGGCUCUGAGACUGUGGAUGUCCUCAAGGAGGCCUACAUGCUUCUCAUGAAAAUCCAACAGUUGCAUCCAGCCAAUGCCAAGACAGUGGAAUGGGACUGGAAACUGCUCACCUACGUCAUGGAGGAAGAGGGCCAAACUCUGCCUGGACGAGUCCUCUUUCUGCGUUACGUAGUGCAGACCCUGGAAGAUGACUUCCAGCAGACCUUGAGGAAGCAGCGGCAGCACCUACAGCAAUCCAUCGCAAACACCGUUCUUUCAUGUGACAAACAGCCUCACAACGUCAGAGAUGUCAUCAAGUGGCUGGUCAAAACGGUGACUGAAAAUGAAUUAACACAACCCCCAGGUGGAACUCAGACCUCUUCAGGAACAGGAGUCUUGAAAGCUAGCAGUGGUCAUCUGUCUCCCCAGCCUAACCUGACCAGGAACACCAACCAGCUGAUCGUGUGUCAGCUUCAGAGGAUGUUGUCCAUUGCUGUAGAGGUGGACAGGACUCCUACCUGCAGCUCCAAUAAAAUAGCUGAAAUGAUGUUUGGGUUUGUGCUGGACAUCCCUGAGAGGAGUCAAAGGGAGAUGUUCUUCACUACUAUGGAAAGCCACCUUCUGCGCUGCAAGGUGUUAGAGAUCAUCUUUCUCCACAGCUGUGAGACGCCCACCCGCCUCCCCUUGUCUCUGGCCCAGGCCCUCUACUUUCUGAACAACUCCACAUCGCUGCUCAAGUGUCAGUCAGAUAAAACCCAGUGGCAGACAUGGGAUGAGCUGGUUGAACAUCUGCAGUUCCUGUUGUCCAGUUAUCAGCAUGUGCUGAGAGAGCACCUACGGAGUUCAGUGAUUGAUCGGAAAGACUUGAUCAUCAAAAGAAUCAAGCCCAAGCCCCAGCAAGGAGAUGACAUCACUGUGGUGGAUGUGGAGAAGCAGAUCGAGGCCUUCCGCAGCCGCCUAAUACACAUGCUGGGAGAACCUCUAGUCCCCCAGCUCCAAGACAAAGUGCACUUGCUGAAGCUGCUGCUCUUCUAUGCUGCGGACUUGAACCCCGACACAGAGCCUGCCCCACAGCACUGAGGCAGCCAGACUUCUAAGCACUGAGUACCAAGAAUACCUCCUGAUUGUGGCCAGCUACUUAGAAGCUCUUAAGUAUGAACAGUAGUUAGGAAUAUCAUAGGACCAAACCUAUCAGUAGGCUGUAAUAACUUUAUAACUCCUCAGUAUCUUUUUUUAUAAUCCUUAUCCUAGCCUAUUCAAAUAUGGCUUAAAUAUACAAGGUGUAUAUA